CCGAGAGCCGAGUUCUUCACUCAGAACCUCUGAAAGAGCCGUGCGAGGCGGGACUUGCGUCCGGCAGCUCUUCUGAAAACUCACUGGAACCACUACUGACGACAGCGAGGCUUCGUUUUACCUCGCGUUGACCCCGCACUUGCAGAUUAAGCGGCCUCGCCCGCCUUUUCAUUUUGGCAUUAAACCAGGCAGACAGACCCACGGAGGUGGACGAAGGGCCAGUGAAGGAAACAAAGAGGGGGGCCGUCUGUUACCCUGUGACGUGAGAGGAUUGUUUUUGGUGUUUCGUUCCUCUCUCUCGCGGGAGGACUAUUCAUGAGGCCUUUAAAACGGCAGGUUUUGAAUGUGUUUGUGUCCUCCGGGCGUCAUGGAAUGAGCGGACCGCGGUUCAUUGUUUACUUCCCAUUACGAUUGUGAAUCUCUUCCUCUCCCCAGCAAUUGACAGACAGCCUUGCGCCUUCCUUCGAUAACCCCCCCCCACCCCCCCCUCACCCCCACUUCCGCGAUCGUUUUCUUGGCGUCUUGUGAAUGAGAGCAGCAGGAGGGGCUGAACGUACGUAAGCUCGCAAGGGCAGAAAGGAUUUGCGUCAUGUCAAACGCCAGCGACCGUGAUUGAUCGCCACUGCCGUUUCAUAAAACCCGCUAUUAUUAUCCCUGACAGUGCAAAUAACGUCCCACUUUUAAUUCCUCCUCCCCCAACUCCCACUUUUCUGAUUUUAGUGCUUCUGGCCCAGAGUGCGAGAGUGACACUUCCUCAAUCUCUCUCUCUCUCUGUUUCUCCCCGCCUGUGAAUCGAAGUCUGUGGACUGCUAAAAGCCCUAGGGAGUCAGUCACUCCCUCUGACCAUGGAUCCAUCUGAGGCAGCGGCGUUGGUGUCCUCGGAGGAUCUGUCCAACCACAGCGGGGAUGGGCUGAUCCUCAGCAACAACGGAUCGUCGUCAGGGGAAGGGGAGGAGGCUGCUGCCCGACUCAUCCACUACCCAAGGGCGGCCACGAUCUUCGCCGCCGUCGCCAGUAUCGUCUUCAUCAUCGUCGGAGUGUCGGGAAACCUGGUCACCAUCGUUGCCCUGAGUCGUAGCCCGAAGCUUCGUGUCCACGCCACAACCGCCUUCGUCAUCAGCCUGUGUGUCUCCGACCUCCUCUUCUGCACCAUCAACCUCCCACUGACAGCCUCCAGAUACAUUCACGAGGCCUGGGUUCUUGGAGACACACUGUGCAGCGUCUUCCCAUUCUUCUUCUACGGAAAUGUCGCAGCCUCCGUCCUCAACAUGGUCGCCAUAACAGUCAACAGGUACAUCCUCAUCGCCCACCACGGCAUUUACGACCGAGUGUACAGCCGCCUUUACAUCCUGAUCAUGAUCCUGGUCGUCUGGCUCUUCUCCUUCGGCAUGAUGAUGCCGCCCCUCCUGGGGGUGUGGGGCCGCCUGGGACUCGAUCCUCCGUCCUUCUCCUGCACCAUCCUCAAGAAGGGAGGGUCAUCCCCAAAGAAGUUCCUCUUCUUGUUCGGAUUCCUUCUGCCCAUGAUAGCAAUCAUCGGGUGCUAUUCGGCCAUUUACUACAAGGUACGUCAGUCUCGCAGGAACCUGGCUGCUCACAGCGCUGCAGCGACGUCCCCUACAGGAGGAGCGAGCAAAAGUCCCACAGGGUCGAGCUACGGCGCCCAGAUGGCCAGGAAAGAGGACAUGCGUCUCACCCGGAUGAUGCUGACCAUCUUCUUGUGUUUCUUGGUCUCCUUCCUGCCUCUCAUGAUAGUCAAUGUCGCUGAUGAUGAUGUCGCAGUCCCAUCUCUGCACGUGCUGGCCUCCGUGCUGGCCUGGGCUUCCUCCGUGGUCAACCCCUUCGUGUACGCCGUCACCAACCGCCAGUACCGGAAAGCAUAUAAUAGUUUAUUUUGUUUUAGUCGGGGCAAGAGAUCCGGCCGUGCCUCUAACUCCCAUUCCAAGAGCAACUCCUCCCGAACCUUCAUAACGGACUUCCAGUACCACGCCUCCACCGGCCAGGUGACGAGCCCCGUCCUCUCUAGCCCUUCGCCCGAAAUCUGAGACGGCUCCUGGCUCUUCAUUGGCUGCUCCUUCGUGAACUCCGGCAGAGAAACAGUAUCUUCUUAUGCCUUAGUGAACUCCAACAUGAAAGAAAAAAGGGUCGUUUUGUGGGAGAAUAGUAUACAGAUGUUUCCAAGAUGAGGUCUGAGAUGCUUCUGGGGAGGCCGUGAUACCAAAUAACACAGUUUGAACAAUCACCGGCUUUCAGGUGGAUUCUUCCCUGUGGGACUUUUGGAAAUGACUCUGGCAGGUAGUCUCGUAAAACGCACUGAAUUCAAAGUGGCCAUAUCCAUAUUACUGUAUUACUGCCUCACUUUUCUGAAAACAGCUUUACCUGGGAGACAGUGGGCUCCUACUAACUGAACACCCAAAGAUGACACGCAGAGUAUCCUACUAGACUCAGGUCUAGAUCAUGUUUGAAGGUGUCACCUCUUUGUUAAGUAGCUAAUUCAGUAUGCACAGAAUUCACAUCAGAAUGUUGUCUGAUGAUGAAGCUGAGCCAAUAACAAGGCCAGUUGCAUGAUGUGUCCUUGGAGAACGCCUCAUUUCGCUGGUGCUCAGAAUAAAAAGAUAAAAUAACAACCAUUUGAUCAAGUAGUAUCAUACUAUGAAUUAUGAGCUGUACAUUGUUAGUCACAGGAAGUGAAAUCUCCAGUAGGUAUUGUUACCACAUUAUUGUAUAAAUGACUGAGCAAUUGCUAUUUCUUUUAACUGUAAGUUCUUCGUGGCGAUAGGCUGCCUGACAUCAAUCCCGUUAAUAAAGUGGAUGACUUCCUUUUAGUAAAGUCUGACUUUAUUGAUAGACAAUGAAUGGAAUUUAUGCAAUGUCCUACCGAAUCUCCUGUGCGUGGCCAUUCUGUGUAUAAUAUUAUUCACGGGAAUGAUGUCAAAAAUGAUCGAUGUCGCAGUUUUCCACAGGAAAGGAGGAUUUCGGUAUUGACCUUUGAUUUUUUUUCCCCUUCCACCAAGUACAUCAGCCAUCAUCAUGGGUGUUCUUUUCAAAAUUAAUAAUCUAGAAGACUUGCCACACCUUCCGUGUUGCAAACUUCUAGGAUUUGACCUAGGUUACUUUUCCGUUCGUCAUAUUAUUAUCAUUCGUCAUAUUAUUAUCAUUCAGAAGAUGAAGAACCCUAUUCACAUGGAACAAGCCCACCACAGGGACCGUAGACUUAAGAUUCAAACUUCCACACAUAGGAGUAUGUCAGGUAGCAUAAUAUUCUGCCAGUGCGAACGCCCAUUUGCAUGUGUGUGCGUAUGUUCCAUGUAUGUAUCUAAACAAAAAAGGCACCCACUUAUAUAUAUAUAUAUAUAUAUAUAUAUAUAUAUAUAUAUAUAUAUAUAUAUAUAUAUAUAUAUGUGUGUGUGUGUGUGUGUGUGUAUGUGUAUAUGUAUGUAUGUGUGUGUGUGAAAAUUCACAAGUCAGGUAUAUACCCUGUCGACUCCUAAGUCAAAAUAAACUAUGUACCAAAAGUUAUAGUCUUAUGCAUAAUCAUUAUUAUUAUGAUAAAAAAACAUUACGAACCUUUCCACUGAGAUGUUUAUUGUACAUAAGAAGAGAGCGGAGUUCUGUUCUGUUUUAUUCUUCUAUGUAUGCCCCUGUUUCUAGGGUUAAGUGUGAAAAGUUUAUGUUAAGAUAUAAGUACAAUGCAUUUUGUGUCUGUUUUUGUGUAGACUAAGUCUAUAGUAUUUUUUAUUUUAAUGUAAAUACUAUGCAUAGUUUCCCAUUUAUACCUUUUGCUAUGAUUACCUGUUGUUUUACCAAGCUAUAUCGUAUAAGGACUUUCUCUCUCUCUCUCUCUCUCUCUCUCUCUCUCUCUCUCUCUCUCUCACCACAAGAGUGAAUUUGAAGAUGUUAAGGGUUUGUUUUAUUUAACUGACAUCUAAGAGCGAGUUAGAAAUCAAAAUUGUUCAAAUACUGUUGGUCAUGUUCAUCAAACUUUUUCUCUUAAUUCUUAUUUGUCCUUUUCUUCCAUCCUUCUGUCAGAUUUCCUCUCCUAUAUUAUUUCUCAUUCUUCGGCCCAUCCUAAUUCAGAUCAUGGUCUUGUAGUAAGCGUCUACCCGCUUUUAAUCUUGCACUACAGCAUACAUUUCCACUUUGUGCCUUCACUCUUUCUUCACCUGUGGAAUGUUUAUGUCUCGUACCAACUUUCCCUCUAAAACAUAAUUAUCUGCACCAUAGUUGUUGAGACAGAUAUCCUUUAGCGUUAUUUUUGUAGGUAGCUUUCUAUUUAUUUUGCUCUACAUGAAGACCACAAGAAGAACUUGAGUAUUGGUGCCGUUCGGUACGUUAAGUUUAAGAGUUAGUCUGUAAGGAAAUAUUUUUUUUAUAUAAUAAUAAUAGUGUUUGGGUAGAUUUCAUUUCUUAGUUGAGAACUGCUGGUCAUUAGCUCUCAGGUGAAAGAGAAUCACGGGAGUAUAUAUAUAUAUAUAUAUAUAUAUAUAUAUAUAUAUAUAUAUAUAUAUAUAUAUUAUAUAUAUAUACAUACAAGGUCUAGCUACUACUACCCGUGAGCUGGCAGAUCUGCAGCAGGCAUUUAUUUGUUGUUGGCGACUGAACCGCGUGACGUCACGUCUGCUGCCUCUCGGGCUCUGUCUGUCUGUCUGUCUGUCUGACCUCGCUCCACGAGAAACCUUCCUCAAGUUCGUCAGCUACACGUUCAUAAAAUGACGUUUGGUUGUCUUGAGCUUUUCCACGUUACUCUUCCAAAUAUAUUUAUAAGCAAAUUGGAACAUGAACUUUCGAGACAUGUCUUUUAUAUACAAAAACUGUAAAUAUAUUUAAUAAACUCUGUAUAUGCUUCA